AAAAAAAAGAGAGCGGCUUUUCUGAAAGAAAGCGAUCAUUCUACGGUCAGUGCUUGAACUCAUACACAAACCAUGUAUAACAGGGACAAAUCAGUGCAAAUCAAGGGAAGUGCGUCGUGUCUGUACAACAAUCUCAGUAUUCUGUCCAUGCCUGACAAGAACGUUACGUGUUAUGCGACGGUGCACAAGACAGUUGUUAAUAUCGCAAAUUGCAGCGGCGAUGCCAUGAAUAUACAGCAUCGGCAAGUAAGCUGUAAGGAAAUGGGUACUCCGUCCGGUAACUCAAUGAUUUUACAGGCCAAAUUUUGCGAGUUCCCGUCAAGAAGUAUGUUAGUCAUAUUAUCACAGCGAGGUAUACAGAUUUUUGAACCUGAUGGUUCUGUUAUGCUAUUCUGGCAUGCAUUUGGGAGUGCUGACUGUGGAUUAGCUGGUGAAAUAUUUGCCCGUGGUGUCACAAGUUGCGGUGAUAGUCAUAUGGCUGUUGGCACAGCCAAGGGGACAUUACUUAUAUUUAACAUCCCACCUAAAGGACCAAACAUUACAAUGUCUGAGACUUUGACUGGACAUUCCUAUGCUGUGACUGAUUUGCAGAACCAAGAUAACAUAAUGGCUAGUGCUGAUGACAGUGGUUGUAUUAUAGUGUGGAAAGCUGGUAAUCCGUUCAGUCGACUAUCAAAAAUAGCUGGAUCCGGGUCCAGCUGUACAUCCGUGUGUCUAUUUAGUGGUUUUGUAGCGGCAGCGUACGGCUCUGGACAUAUUAGAAUCUUUGAUUCCAGUAGAGGGAGUCUGCUAGUUGAGAUAUGUCUGGUGUCUGCGAGUGAAGAUUCUUUUGUCAGGGUUUGGGAGGUGAAGAAAGACUCUGAAUCUUAUCCAAAGGUGGAAAUGAAAUUCUCAGACUGUAUAACAGACGUUCAGCUCUGCGGUGCCAAGUUCACCAACAAGAAUGGUAGAUCAUUUGGGCUUACGGGCUACGACCACAAUGAAGUUGUUUGCUACUCUCAAAAGGCUUGA